AUGGCGCGUUUACCUUCGUUAAGGCCGGCAUCCUGGGCCACUGCCGCCAUCUCCUCCCUCGCGAUAUUGAACACAUUCAUACCUUCGGUACAAGCACAAGAUGACAGCGGUAGUCUCGAGACGAUACAAGGCACGAAUGCUGCAGGCGAAACAAGUACGUUAUUGGUGGACAGAUACCCGGCAUUGUACAGCGGGGACUUUGGGGACUGUAUGGGAGGACAGAGCUUGCUCAACUUGACGUCUUUCGACGGUGCCUACUAUGCCGAUAAUAUGACCGUUCUGUUCAACCUCGCAGGCACAACCAACCUAAGAAAUGAGUCUCUAAUGUUGUAUAUCUCUGUUUAUGCCUAUGGAGAAGAUAGGUUCGAUCUGGUUUUCAACCCAUGUAAUGCGAACUUUGGAAGUCUGUGUCCAUUGAACGCCAGUGUUCCCAUCACCGGUGGAGCUGUCAUCCCAGUAUCGAGUUCAGAUGUUUCCGCAAUUCCUCCUAUUGCUUUGGGUAUCCCAGACUUCGAGGGAACGCUGAUGUUGAGAUUCUUCUCCAAUUCUUCCAAGACAGAAAUUGCCUGCUUCUCGGCCGUCAUGAGGAAUGGAGCAAGCUUCGCACACCCAGCAGCCGUUGGAUCUACACUAGGCGUCUUCACACUUAUUGCUCUUAUGGCAUCGUUCUUUACAGCCAUUUACGGAGUCAGCAUACCUCAUAUGCGAACCCAUUAUGCCCAUUCCUUGUCAGUGUUGGUGAUCAUCGAAGUCUUCCAAUCGAUCUUCUUCUCCGGAGCACUCUCUUUGAACUGGCCAAGCGUCUUGCCUGCUUUCUGGAGUAAUUUUGCUUGGUCAGCUGGCAUGAUCUCAACUCCAACAAUAAUCAGUUCGAUCAACAGCUUCACCGGAAUUUAUGGGAACGCAAGCCAGGUUGGAGGCGCUGGAUCCACAGUAUUGAACAACAAUGGCGGGCUUCAGCAGCAGAUUUACGGACGCUCGAUCUUCCAACGCAGCUUGGAGAUCGCUCAAAAAGGUGAGCAACUUGCUAGCCACUUGUACAAGCGGGCAGCAGGAAACAGCACCCAAUCAGCAAAACUUUAUGAAUGGGCCGGCGUUCCUAUCUCUCCUGGACUACCAACCCCUGGAGACUGGUCUGGAUUUGCCGGGUCGCUUUCGCUUGUCGACGUCCCAGCUGCUGACGCAUUCAUGGUUGGAUUCUUGUGGCUGCUCAUCCUCAUUGCUAUCUUGAUCGGGGCUACAAUCGCCUUCAAGUGGUUGCUCGAGGGGCUGAGUACCAUAAACAUGAUGAAGAAGGAUCGCUUCGUCAUCUUUAGAGAGCACUGGAUUGGAUUCAUCGGAUUGAUCGUUCUUCGAACCCUACUGAUCGCAUUCUUUAUGAUGAUGACCCUGGCACUAUACCAAUUCUCUUACGGAGGGAAGGCAGGACCGAUUGCGAUCGCUGUUAUUGUCUUUCUUAUCUUCUUCUUCGGUGGAUUUGGUGUUUGCUAUUAUGCCUGCUUCUACCGAAUUCGUUUUGGAAAGUACGAGUCUUCUCCCGACCGAAUCCACUUCCAGCGCAAGAAGGUUCUGAAGUUUAUUCCAUGGUACAGUGCAGCCCGUGAGAGCUGCCUCGAUGAGGAAGAUAAGGCGAAGACCGCGGGCUCCAUGUCAUUCUUCCAGAUUAGAUUCGUCAACGACGACCAGGAGCAGCAAAGCGUCCACCAGAAUGCCGACUUCACCAAGCGCUUUGGGUGGCUUUCCGCUCGAUACAGACGCACGCGUUGGUGGUUCUUUUCCUUCUGGGUUAUCUACCAGUUCAUCCGCGCUUGCUUCGUAGGUGGUGCACGCAACAGCCCAACUGCUCAAGUCAUCGGUCUCUUCAUCUGGGAGAUCAUUGCCUUCAUCGCAGUCACUUGCAUCAAGCCUUUCGAGGGACGUCGAAACACUGUUUUGGCGGUCUGGAUGCUUGGUCUUAGUAAAGUGGCAACAGCUGGUCUCUCAAUUGGUUUCCUCCCCAAGCUCAAUCUUGCCCGUAUUCCAGCGACGGUCAUUGGUAUCAUUAUCAUUGUGAUUCAAGGAUUCUUGGUUGUUGCUGUCCUGAUUCUCAUCGUCUUGAGCGUCAUCUCCAGCUACAUGUCGGUCAUGCGUAACCGCGAGGAGUUCAGACCCCAUGGUAUGGCAGACAUCCGUCUCAAAUACUUCGGACACCUGGAGGAUAAGGAGAGGGAUGUUCCCCCACCACCUCCGCCAGUGCCAGAGGAGCCAAAGGAGCCAUAUUUUACAGUCAAGGAUGUUCGCCGUGCACCCAAGAUCGAGGAUGAAGACGUCGACUUCGUCCCGGAUCUGACCGAUCUCAACCCAGCAGCUUCGCAACACUCUCUAGCUGGUCCCCGUGCCAGCAGAGCCAAUUCUAUGGCAGGUAGCAUGAGAAGCCACUACUCAUCAUACGGCAACCUACCAUACGGAGCCCGUGUCCACAGAGCCAGUUGGAGUUCACGCGAUUUCCAGAACUGGCAGGAGGAUAAUGGCCGAGCUUCACCACUCAACACCCCAUCGAGACAUGCUAGUGGACACAACACCGUCAAUAACUCGAUAUCUGGAAUUCCGCUUGUUCGACCACAGCCAUCCCACAACAAUCUGCGUCCUUCGACCCCAACGAGAGAACAGCAGAGACAAUAUCAAAACCAAAGAGUAGCUUCUGUCGAGUAA